UGGACCUCUUGGGGUCCUUCCAGCCCUAUAUUUCUCUGAUUCGAUUUCUAUGACUAUAUUGCAGCCACUGUUCUGAAACUUGCCAGAUUAAAAGGAUCACAACAAGAUGGUAGAUCACCUCCCGCACCCCAUCACUGACUUCAGAACAUCCCCUGAGAUCUUCCCCCUGCAGCAAAACCAGGCAAGGUCAGAUCCCCGCUUGGCCACCCCUUGGAGUGGCGACCGAGCCCAGCCUUUCACAGCUGGCUCAUGCAGCGUCUCGCAGAUCCAGGGACGUUCUCCCAUCACAGCCCUUGUGUCACAGGCCCAGGCCUGCCCAGCGCUGCAGUGACACCACCCUCUGAUCUCCGGCCCUAGUACCUCGCCCCAGAACUCUGCCGCGACACUUUCCUUUUCCAUGACGUCGCCGGUAGCGCUCCUUUGCUUGCCCGUGAACGAGCAGCAUCUUGUGGCUUCGGUAGCUGCUUCCUGCCUUUUGCAUGCAGAGAGAGCGCAAGGAGGACUUCUAAGUUCCCCUGCCUCCAGCAGACAUCGCUGCCAGGGCCUCGGCGCUUGGGCCGCCGCAGGGCAUGGACUCCCAGGUCAAGGAGGAACCUAGGACAGAGGCUGAUGUCUGGGACAAUCAGGGACCCCUCCUCUUUAGCACAUUUAAACCCAACGGCCUCAGCAAAGACGACAAUGCGGACGAGCCGGUCCAGCUGGACGGCGCCAGUGCUGGGCUCAGCAAGGCGCCAGCUGGGGCCCAGAAGAAGGAGCAGCCGCCUGGCUCUCAGAGGGACCAGGGCACUUAUAUCAGGGCCCCUCUCAGCUCGUGGCCAGCGGCCAGCGCCAAGCUGAGCUGGUCCCUGCUCGGGGACCCCGCGCAGGGAGCAGAGAUGCGGGCGAGGCAGGGGCCUGGCCUGGAUCCUCCCGAGGCCGCGUCGGUGCUGCAGGCCUGGACCCAGGCGUGGUUCGAGCAAACACAGGCGAGCCGGAUCCGCCAGAAGGGGCAGCUGCCGCCCUGGUUUCACGGCUUCAUCAGCAGGAGGGACACGGAGCAGCUGCUGCAGGAGAAGCCGCUGGGCUCUUUCCUGAUUCGCUUCAGUGAAAGCACAGUCGGAUUUGUCUUGUCAUACAGGGGCAGGGAUCGCUGCCGGCACUUCAUCCUUGACCAGCUGGAAGACGAAUGCUACGUGAUCCUAGGAGAGGACAGCGCCCAUGCCGAGCUUCAGGGCCUGCUUCAGCACUACACCACUGCCCCCGUCACCCCGUACUAUGAGUUCCUGACAGCACCAUGCCCCAGGAGCGACAAGAGCCGAGAAAGUGGUGAGAUCCCAGCUGGAGACAAAGCAGGGUCCGGCGCCCCACCUGAGCCAGCAAAUGUCCCCCCAGCAGCAGGUGGCCAAGCAUACAGCCUGGUUCUCAGACAGCCGCAGGCACCAGGCCAACAGACCCAUCCCUGCCCGCUGGCUGCAGGGCAAAGGAACCAGGGAUGCCCUUCCAAGAAGGCUGCCUGUUCCAUUCCCCUGCUCCCCGCCAAGGCUGGCCCCGCUCUGAGGCCGAGCAGCCCUGUGCAAGAGGCAGGGGCCUCUGCAGAUCCCUACGCCCACAUCAGCAAAGCACCUGUCCCCGCUGAGCAGCCCACGCCUGCCCAGCCCACAGAGGUCAAGUACCAGCAGCUGAUGCGCUUCCACACCUAUGCCGAGCCCCGCGAGGGCUUCCCGCCCCGUGAACGCCACGUCUACUAUGAACCCGAUGAGCCCAUCCCCUUCUAUGCCAUGGGGCGGGGCUCGCUGCCCAGCCCCGACCCCGAGAACGUCUACGCGGAGGUAGAGCUGGCGUGCCAGUCCCGGCCCCAGGCUCUACCCAGAGUCCUGCAGGACGCAGCCUCCAACCUGCCUCGGGGCUCAUCCAGACCUCCCGCCGAGCCAUCCCCAGGACACCGCAGGCUCCUCCGGAGCACAUCGGGGCAGGGGUCCCGGAGGAAGCGGCUGCCUGCAGCUCUCACCGUCGAGGGGGACCAGAGGAGGCCGUCUAGGCCAUCCUCAGAGACCCCGCUGGAGUUUGACGACCUAGUUUACGGCAGGAAGGCAGCCAGCCUGACCAGACCGGUGGCCACCAGGGGACAGGAAGGUCUAGAAAACAUUUAUGAGCUGAUUUCUGGAGACCAUCCUAGCCUGCAUGCCUCGGGGAGCAGUAACUCCUAGAGCCCUCCCAGAUUCAAGGCAAGCCAGCAGGACACCCCCUGCCAAGGGUUCCAGGGCUUGAGAGCUGCCAGAGAAGACUUCUUCCCCAUCAGCUGCUCUCUAGGACGCAGAGUUGCUGCAGACAUAAGCCCUCAAGACACUGCUGCUCCGACUGCCUCUCUCACAUUUGUGCAGAGAGCAGCCUGCUCUGUGAAUUCAAGGCUCACACACAUUCGCGCUCUCUCCCACUUCCAAGGGUGGGAGAUUCAGGAAGCAGGGAAGAUCCUUCCAUGGAAAGGACAAUGAGAUCCAAUGCCAAUAAAAAGCCCAGCGAGGUCUUCGACUCACAAAGCCUCUUCCUCACAGCUACGACACCAGCUUUGUCGGUUUUCCCAUCCCUCCUGCUCUCAGUCAGAGGUUGCUUGGUACUCAAGACUCAUGUCUUUUUUGGACCCAUGAUGUCAUCUCCUUCCCUUCUCCCCUUGGAGGGGGGUCGUUGCUUCUGGGUGUCAUUGGGCAGUCGUAGAAGCUGCUUCAUGGGGUGGAACUACCGAGUCCAAAUGGGGUGACGAACACGCUCUGGCAUUGACGGAGAUGCUCAUUGACUUGACGCCGCAGAGCUGUUCAGAUAAGAAGGAUCUUUAUUUUUAAAUAAGGGGAAUAAACAGAAGCAAAUGGGAUGAAAUCGACUUACAUGCAGGGUGGGCAGCAUUUAAAUCCUGCUUAAAUGAGGGGCGGGCCUCAGGGUUUAAGUUCCGUUAAGUCCUAUGGACCCUCUGCCGCGUGAUCUGUAACCAGAUGGGCUGUAUUUCGCUCUUCCUUCCCUUGAUCGCCAGGUGCUGUCUGUAAAUAAAAGCAAUGGCCCUUCAC